AUGAACUCGGAAGUCUCAUCAGCUGAACAGCCUGUUGCGUCCACAUCAUACAUUACUCCAACAAAGUAUGUUUUAUCAAAAUCUCAUCUUGCCGCGUUUCAACGCUCUCAAACACACCGAGACGUUAUCACCUUUAUAGAUGGUCUCAAUGAUGCUGUUGAAGGGAAGAGGCUCACCCAAGUAAGGGAAGGGUCGGAGCGUACAAAACCUAUACUAGGUAUCCUUGAAUCUAUACUCGAAAUCGCAAAAUCAAUACCUGCUGUAGAUAAUAAGCUAUCGAGAUUUGGCAAUCCUGCGUUCAAGAUCUUUUAUGAUAAAGUCGGAGAGUCAUCAGGGGAUCUUCAUAGUAGAAUAAGUGGACUUCCAUUCGAGGCCAUACCAGAAGUCGAAGUGUAUUUCAAGGAAUCGUGGGGAAACAAGCAACGAGUGGAUUAUGGUAGUGGAAUGGAGCUCAACUUCCUUUGUUGGCUUCUAUGCCUUACCAAGCUUAGCGUAUUCACCGAGGAGGAUUACGAGUUUUUGGUACUCGGAGUCUUUUGGAGAUAUAUCGAGGUCAUGAGAUAUCUGCAAUCAACAUAUUGGCUUGAACCGGCAGGCUCUCACGGCGUGUGGGGAUUGGACGACUAUCAUUUCCUUCCCUUCUUAUGGGGGAGUGGUCAGCUGAAGGAUCACAAACACCUUCGCCCGAAAGCCAUCCACGACCCCGAAAUUCUGGAAGCCUUUUCAAAAGAUUACAUGUAUUUAUCAUGUAUCUCGUUCAUCAAUUCUAUCAAAACAGCAUCGUUGAGAUGGCAUUCACCAAUGUUGGACGAUAUUUCCGUUGUGAAAUCUUGGGCUAAGGUGAAUGAGGGUAUGAAGAAGAUGUAUAAGGCUGAAGUACUGGGUAAACUACCCGUAAUGCAACACGCUCUGUUCGGCAGUAUACUACCUUUCCCGACUCCUGACCAAGACCCGGAAUUGAAGAAGGCCUUGGAAGAAGAAGAGGUGGCACAACCUGAUUCGCAUGGUCAUAUACAUGUAAAAGGAGAGACAGGGUGGACGAUGGAUUGUUGCGGUAUUCCAGUUCCCUCCGCCUUUGCUGCUGCUCAAGACGGAGCAACAUCUAAUGUUGGGAACCCCAACUUUACGGGCCGAUCAGGCAUCAAGCCUAUCCCGUUCGAUUAA